AUGGAGAGUCAACAACCAAAUACGGAAAAAAGUGGUGACGAGGUGACAAAAAAGGCUGACGAAAAUGAUUCUAUAGCUUUACCGGAAGCAAGAUCUGGCGAUCAAAGUUUGCAAGAGUUAACUUCGCUGAUACAAGGAGUAUUGCAACAAACGCAGGAUCGUUUUCAACGCAUGUCUGAUCAAAUUAUUGGACGGAUAGACGAUAUGACAAGACGUAUCGAUGAACUGGAAAAGAACAUAACCGAUCUAAUGACACAAGCUGGAGUUGAACCGGAACCAUAA